AAAAUUCCCAAAUCAAAACCAAAACCCUAAUAGCUGCCAUUGUUUUGCAGUGUUGCCUUUCAGCGAAGGAGCAGACGAAGUUGUAGUGUUCAACCUCUGAGGAUCGCUAUCCGUCUCUUCCCCACGCGCCGUCGCCAUGGGUCGUAUGCAUAGUCGAGGUAAGGGUAUUUCAGCUUCCGCACUGCCUUACAAGAGGACGCCGCCUAGUUGGUUGAAGAUCUCUUCUCAGGAUGUCGCUGAAAACAUUUGCAAAUUUGCCAAGAAGGGUUUGACACCUUCUCAAAUUGGUGUUAUUCUCCGUGAUUCUCAUGGGAUUGCUCAGGUCAAAAGUGUUACUGGGAACAAAAUUUUGCGUAUAUUGAAGGCUCAUGGGCUAGCUCCUGAAAUUCCAGAGGAUCUUUACCAUCUCAUUAAAAAAGCUGUUUCAAUCAGAAAGCAUUUGGAGAGGAACAGGAAAGAUAAGGAUUCCAAAUUCAGGUUGAUUUUAGUCGAGAGCAGGAUUCAUCGCCUGGCCCGGUAUUACAAGAAGACAAAGAAGCUCCCCCCUGUCUGGAAGUAUGAAUCCACCACGGCCAGCACCCUCGUUGCUUAGAAGCAAGUAUUUUGAUGAUUACUAAGAAAAACUAAGGAGUUAUUUUGGGGAUUCAACUUUUCGUUUAGUAGUUAUGUUUAAUACUUUAAUCAGUGCCAAGUGUGGCAGUUAUCCAUCUUGUGCCUCAGAUUGGAGUCAUUGAAGUUUUGUUACUCUUAUUGCAAAUUUGAUUUCUGCAAUGUUUUUGUGAAUGACUGUUGCUUCUUCAAUUGCU